AUGUCUGCACGCACAGCCAUGUCCUUAACCCGGCUGAGCGCCCCUGCGCCGUCCCUCAUCGGUGCUCUUCGUCCCAUCCAAGCCACUCCCCAGAUGGCUUCCAAGCAGCUCACGCGCCUCAGCUCCACGGCAGCUCGUUCAAGCCCCGUCACUUUGGAUUCACACUCUCGCCCCCAGGCUCAGGCCUCCUCUCUCCCCACCGGACUUCGCGCACAAUCCACCACUGCCCCCUCCGACGAAGUCAAGCUCGACUGGAAUUCGUUCUUCAAGCUUCGCGCUUCGCGCCGCCGCUACUCUCUCGCUUCUUCGAUCGCCACUUCUUUCGCCAGUACCGCCGUUGGAGCUCAGAUUAUCUCUGGCCAGGACCUUGAGGCCCUGGGUGGUGCCGUGAUGGGCCUGGAUCCGUUCGUGGUGCUCGGUCUGGCCACCGCUGCAUGUGGUGCUGCUGGAUGGCUGGUUGGUCCUGUUCUCGGCAAUGGAGUGUGGGGCUUGGUCUACAGGAAGUACAAGCCUUCUGUGAACACGAAAGAGAAGGAGUUCUUUGAUCGCAUCCGCCGGUUCCGCGUCGACCCCUCCACCAACUCGAUCUCGAACCCGGUCCCCGAUUAUUACGGCGAGAAGAUUGGCAGUGUGCAAGGAUACCGACAGUGGCUGAAGGACCAGCGUGCCUACAACCGCAAGCGCCGCAACUUCAUCGCCUGA